GCCAAUCAGAUCAAUUCCACGAGGAGGUGUGUGAGAAAAAUACACAUGAGAGAGUGAAAUAUUCGUGUGAAAUAAGUUUAAAAUUUAAUUUAUAAGCUGGUUAAAUAUUAAUUAAAUAGUAAACGCAUUUUAUUCGUCUGCGAUAUCUAAUACAUCUGCAAAACAUCUAAAAGUUUUAAUAAUGACAUCCUCAAAAUCCAUUUUACGACUUGGAAGAUUACCAAUUUUGUGUAAAAAUAAUAAUGCGAUACGACGACAAUAUUCAUCGUCGCCGGGUUUGAAAACCAUUGGUUUUAUCGGACUUGGAAAUAUGGGAGCUAACAUGGCACACAACUUAAUCAAGAAAGGUCACAAUUUAGUCGUGUACGACAUUCAAUCUGCGGCGACAUCACAGUUUGAAAAGCUGGGUGCUAAAGUGGCCCCCACUCCGGGGGACGUGGCGGCUCAGACGGAUCGAAUUGUGACCAUGUUGCCGGCGUCGGCUCACGUGAAAAAUGCUUAUCUUGGAGCGAACGGGAUCCUUCAAGGGGUCAAGAAGGGGUCACUUCUUCUAGACAGUUCUACAAUUGAUCCCGACACGUCAAAGUAUAUCGCUGGCGAGGCGUCUGCGAAAAACGCGACUUAUCUCGACUGCCCAGUUUCAGGGGGCGUGGGUGCCGCCAAAGCGGGGACGCUCACCUUCAUGGUGGGAGGACCACAGAAAGAAUACGCCGAAGUGGAAGUCCUCCUCCGCGCCAUGGGGGCGAAAGUUGUCCUCUGUGGAGGAGUUGGGUCUGGACAAGCAGCAAAAAUCUGUAACAAUAUGCUUCUCGGAAUUAGCAUGAUCGGCACGGCGGAAACAAUGAAUCUCGGGAUCAAAAUGGGUCUUGACCCUAAACUUCUUGCAUCGAUUUUAAACUCAAGUUCGGGACGGUGUUGGUCCAGCGAGAUCUACAACCCCGUUCCCGGCGUUGUGGAUGGCGUCCCGUCCGGAAAUGACUACAAGGGCGGUUUUGGCGUCGCAUUGAUGACGAAGGACUUGGGUUUAGCGCAGAACGCGGCGUCCGGUUCCGGUACAGCCACCCCGUUGGGCGCUUUGGCUUAUCAACUCUACCAAAUGAUGUGCUCACAGGGCUACAAGGGCAAAGAUUUCUCCGCUAUUUUCCAAUUUCUUCAAGAUAAUGAGAAUCAUAAUUAGUUGUUUAAAUUACUUAAGAUUUAGAAAUGGAAAAAUUGUGAUUUUAAACAGAAUUUAUUUUUUUGUGGGAGAACAGAAACACGAAUUAUUUUUUUGGAAAUUAAAUAAAGUGUAAACGACAA